AUGUCGUCCAGCAAGCGGCAUUCUAUGCUGCCCGCUGUAUCCAGCACCGGCCCGCGACCGCCAGUCAACUUCUCUUCCUCCCUCACCGUCGCCGACAGCGCCAUUCUCAUGGGAACGCACUCCAUCACAAUUCAAUCGGAAAGCGUCUUGCAUCCGCGAUCGAAGCUGGAGUCGACCAACGGUAGUAUCCUCAUCGGUCGAAGAUGCAUCAUCCACGAGCGAGCUCAUGUUGGCGCGGUUGGCAACGACAUUACCGGUGGAGGCCUUUCGCUCGGAGACUACGUGACGGUAGAAGUUGGCUCGGUCAUUGAAGCAGGAGGCACAGAGAUUGGGACAGAUACCGUAAUUGGCGUUCGCUCCCGGAUAGGGAGCGGCGCUGUUAUUGGCAAGAAUUGCACGAUAUCACCAUCGACCGUCAUAAAAUCUGGCGAGAAGAUACCAGACUACACAGUUGUGUACUCAAACGGUCAGCGACGAACCGACAGACGAGGAGUUACAGACUUGAAACACAAGGCGCAAGCGCGGCAGAUUGAUGUGCUCAGAAGGUUGAUGCCCAACAAGGCCGAGAAAUGGCUUUAG